AAGCCGGUUUUUAAGGUUUUCUUUUAAUUUAGCUUGACUUUCUGUAACUUUAUUUGUCUUUCUACUGUGGAGAGUAAUUGACUUACUGCAUCCAUGACAUAAACACACAUAUAUAUGUAUCUAUACCUCAUUCUGCUCAGUGUCUCAACCUUCAGCCAUGGAUUCAUCUUCAUCUUUACACAUUGCAAUGUUUCCAUGGUUUGCUAUGGGGCAUCUAACCCCAUAUCUCCACCUCUCCAACAAAUUAGCCAAAAGAGGACACAAAAUCUCCUUCUUCAUUCCCAGAAGAACACAAGCCAAGUUAGAGCAAUUCAACCUUUACCCACACCUCAUCACCUUUCACCCCAUCAAUGUUCCUCAUGUUGGUGGCCUUCCCCAUGGUGCUGAAACCACUUCAGAUGUCUCUUUCUCUUUAGGUCCACUCAUCAUGACAGCCAUGGAUCGUACUGAAAAGGACAUCGAGCUUCUCCUAACUGAGCUAAAGCCACAAAUUGUUUUCUUUGAUUUCACCUAUUGGCUACCAAACUUGACUCGCCGAUUGGGGAUCAAAUCUUUCCAAUACUGGAUCAUUAGCCCCGCAACAAUAUCAUACACUACAUCCCCAGCAAGGAUGAGACAAAGGGGUAGCAUAACUGAAGUUGAUCUCAUGCAACCCCCACCUGGGUACCCUGCUUCAUCCAUCAAGCUUCAUGCUCAUGAGGCUAAGUUCCUAGCUUCGAAAAGGAACUGGGAGUUUGGAAGUGGUGUUCUUUUCUAUGACCGUCUGUAUAAUGGUUUAAGCCUCUCAGAUGCAAUAGGAUUCAAGGGUUGCAGAGAAAUUGAGGGUCCUUAUGCAGACUACCUUGGAGAGCAAUUUGGGAAGCCUGUUAUGCUUUCAGGACCUGUUAUACCUGAACCACCCAACACUGUUUUGGAAGAAAAUUGGGCUGAAUGGCUUGGAGGAUUCAAACAUGGUUCAGUAAUUUAUUGUGCACUUGGAAGUGAGUGGGUGUUACCUGUAGAUCAAUUCCAAGAAUUGUUGUUGGGUCUCGAGCUAACAGAUCUGCCAUUUUUGGCUGUUCUCAAACCUCCUGUUGGGUGUGAAACAGUUGAAAUUGCUCUGCCUGAAGGUUUUGAAGAAAGAGUUCAAGGGAGAGGGAUUGUCCAAAGUGGAUGGAUACAGCAGCAGCUGAUUUUGCAACACCCAUCUGUUGGUUGCUUUCUGACACAUUGUGGAGCUGGUUCAUUGACAGAAGCACUGAUCAAUAAGUGUCAGAUAGUGUUGUUGCCACAUCUAGAUAGUGACCACAUUGUUAAUGCAAGGAUGAUGGGUAGAAACUUGAAGGUUGGGGUUGAAGUGGUGAAGGGCGAAGAAGAUGGGUUGUUCACAAAGGAAAGUGUUUGCAAAGCUGUGAAAAUUGUGAUGGAUGAUGAGAAUGAGGUUGGAAAUGAAGUGAGGGAAAAUCAUACCAAAUUGAGAAGCCAAUUGCUUAGCCAUGAUUUGGAGUCAGCUUGUCUUGAUAAUUUCUGUCAGAAGCUUCAAGAUUUAGUCAGGUGAUUUUUCCAGCAUUAGGAAAUAAUCAGCUGCAAUUUAUUAUUAUAAUCAUCUAUAUUAAAUAAAAUAUGUAUGCUUGCCCUGUCUCAA